AGAGUUGCCAUGAACUUUCCUAGGCCCCCUCUUUUUCCUGGGUUCUUGAUUUCCGGUGUAUAUUUUAGACUUUUUAGCCCCGCAAAGAAAAAACUCCGUCUUCGUUUUCCCGCUGUCAGUAGCGCCGAGAAUGGCAGAGGAGCCUCAAGAUACCGAGACGGUGAAAAAUGAAACGCCGCCGGAGGAUUCGCCUGAUAUCGAGUCGCAGAUUAAGGAUGCUAUGCGCUCCCGCGUCGACCACUUCAAAGAACAAGCCGAUUCUUUGACCUUUGAAGGGGUAAGGAGACUCUUAGAGAAGGACUUGGGAUUGCAGAAGUAUGCACUGGAUGUGCACAAGAGAUUUGUUAAGCAAUGUCUGGUCGAGUGCUUAGAAGGUGCUGUUAAUGACAAUGUUUCCAAGGAUUCUGGGGAAACUGAGGAGAAACACGCCUGUUCAACAAAAAGAGAAGCAAUAGAAUCACCUGAAGGGCAUGAAUCUAAAAAUGACAGAAAAGAACCUUAUUCUGAAGAUGAGCAGAAAAUGGAAGACUCUCCUGUGAUGGGCCUUUUGACAGGGAAAAAACCACCCAAAUCAGAAACCAAGGAAACUCUAAUUGAUAAGAAUAAAGAAGUUCCAAGCGAAAGCAGCAUAAAGAAAGCCUUGUUGAAAAGAGCUUCCUAUAUCAAAGUUAAUUCUGAAAAAGUUACAAUGGCUGGACUUCGUCGACUUUUAGAGGAAGAUUUAAGACUUGAAAAACAUGCACUUGAUCCCUACAAGACACUUAUAAGCAAGCAGUUAGAUGAGGUAUUACAAUCUUCUGAAGUUCCUGAACCUAAGAAGAAAAAUAUAAAAACUAAAUCUCAAGGCAAAGCAUCUAAAAAGAUGAGCAGUGAAGGCAGUUCAGAUUCUUCGGAUCGUGAAAGUGAUGAGGAGGAUGAAGAAGUAAACCCAAAGAAGAAAAUUGGUCCAAAGCAAAAGGUGCUAAAUUCUGAGGGGACUAAAAAACGGAAGAGGCUUGAAAAGGAAUCCGAAGUAUCUGGCAAGAAGCGGAUAAAGCCUGUGGAAACAGUAGCAGAGGACAAUAGUGAUGCAGAAGACAGUGGAAAUGCCUCUGAAGAUGGCCAUUCUCAAUCAUCAGCUGAAAAACCAGUCAAGAAAAGGGAAGCUUCAACUCCAGCAUAUGGGAAACAUGUUGAGCAUCUAAAAUCUGUAAUAAAAUCCUGUGGGAUGAGUGUGCCUCCAGUAGUUUACAAGAAGGUUAAACAGGUUCCUGAGAGCAAACGUGAGGCCCAGCUAAUAAAGGAGCUGGAGGAGAUACUUUCUAGAGCAGGAUUGUCAUCAAACCCUUCUGAAAAAGGAAAUCUGGGUGUAGAAGGGAUGCAAAUAUGGUUAUCAAUCUACUUACUGAUUUUGUAUCCUCAGAAAUUAAGGAAGUCAGAAAGAGAAAGGCAAGAGCAAAAGAACUUGAGGGCAUUGACACGAGUAAUAUUGUAUCAAGUUCACGUCGAAGGUCCACAACGAGUUAUGUGCCUCCUCCAAAGCCCAAAAUACCAGCUGAAAGUGAAAGUGAUAGUGAUGAUGCUGAUGAUACUGAUGAGGAUGACGAUGACGAUAAUGAGGAAGAAGAAAAUGAUGAAGAGGAUGAAGGAGAUAAUGAUGGGGAUGAUGAUAGCCAGAGUGAUGAGGAGCAUGGGGAGGACAGCGAUUGAAUCCUGGAUGAGCUGACCCGCAAGUUGAGUUAUAAUAGAUACCUUAGCAGUUAAAGAGUUUAUGGAUGUAUCAUCUGUUAUAAACAUGUUUAGUUCUAUUUUUUUCUACUGUCUUGGACUCUUGGUUGUAGGACCAUAUCUCUUUCAGGGAGAAUCCGUUUGUAGCGUAGGAUGUCACUUGUAGCUGAUUUGGCGACUCAUUGAAGGGUAUCUUCCCCUGACAAAAAAGGGUAGCUUCAAAUAUAAACCAAUAGUUGUGUA